AAAUAAUAUUUUGUACAUGAUUCGUUUUUCAUUCAAAUAUAAAUUUAAUUAUAUUGACAUAAAGUUUAUUAUUUAAAUACUCAGUGCUGCAUCGUAAUUAGUAAACAUAAUAUUUAUUCUAGGAUAACUCGUGUGAACAAAGGUUUUAAAAUUAUCUUGUAUCAUGUUCCCUUCGCGGACAGCCGUGUUUAAGGGUUUGAAUUUUGCUAGAAUGUGUUUUCUUGUUAAUUGCCUAAAGAGGUUUAAGAGUUCUCAACAAUGGUUGAGUCGUCAGAAAGCAGACCCAUAUGUGGAGAAGGCUAAGAUAUAUAACUACAGAUGUCGAAGUGCUUUUAAACUCUUGGAAAUGGAUGACAAAGCCAACAUACUCCAUCCUGGUCAAACUGUUAUUGAUUUGGGAGCUUCUCCCGGGUCCUGGACUCAGGUGGCUGUGCAGAAGACAAACUCAGAUGGUGCAGAUGCUAAACAACCCAUUGGAACAGUUUUAUCUAUUGAUAAACUUCAAAUUUUCCCUAUUGAGGGAGCAACAAUAAUGAGCAACAUGGAUUUUUCAACCAUAGAAGCACAUGACAAAGUAGUGAAAGCUCUAAAUGGUAGACAGGUAGAUUUAGUGCUCUCAGACAUGGCACCCAAUGCAACAGGUGUUAGGGAGUUAGACAAGGACAGGAUUAUUGGUCUCUGUUACAUGGCUAUUAGAUUUGCGGCUCUAGUCACAAGAAUAGAUGGUAACUUACUGUUUAAAGUAUGGGACGGCAAAGAGGUGCCUAUUUUAGAAAUGGAUUUAGAGAAAUUUUACAAAAACAUUAAGAUUAUGAAACCCAAGGCGAGUAGAUCUGACUCAUCUGAAAAAUUUAUACUUGCUAGAGGUUUUAGAGGAAUACAGAGGCCUUUACAAAAUGGUAGAUGGGGAUAGGUACUUAAGAAUACUCAGAAGCACAUAAAAUAUAAAAUUUGAAUAGAAAGGAGAUAUUUAAGGGCCAUUUUCUGAAUCCUGACUGAUAUUUUGUGAACCUUUUGUCACCUCCAUUAGAAAAGAUUGCAAUUCAACAUUAUUUAAUUGUAGCUGGUUUGAACAUGAAAGAAAGUAGAUAAGUAAAGAGUAAAAUAUUCUAUAGCCAUUCUUUUAUUACAUAGGUACAGUUAGAAAAUAACAGUAUAGUGGAGCUCAAAAAACCUUUUUGUACUGGGCUGGUAGUGCAAUUGAUUAUCAUGUUUUGAGUUAUUUUGGCAUAUUUUUUAUCAGUUGGCAUAAUAUCUAUAGGUAAUUAAAAUCCUUGAAAAGUUACAAACAAAACAAUGAUAAUAUGAAAUAAGUAUCAUAUUUAUUUUAGUAUUAGUAUAGGUACUUGUCUUCCACUUGAAGUAAUAUUUUAGAUAAAUAUAGCAAAGUACAAUUGUAUUAUGUAUGUUAAGCAUAAUAUUAUUAUAGUAGGUACUAGGUAGUAGUAUUAUACAUAUUUGUAUCUAGCUUUAUAUUUUUUUCUCUUUUCAUCUGACUAUUUUUAAAAAUAUAUUAUGUAAGUACUACAUACUAACUGAAAUCUUAAACCUAUUUCUUCAAAAGGGAAUGUAAAAAAUAAAAACACAUGGAUAAAA